ACGAGUCACAUUGUAGCUGAACUUCGCGUAGAACGCUUCCGCCGCAGCAGUUAGACCCUUCGCCGUCAAUGGUUAUAAGAAGAUAAAUCUCCUCGGAGCAAUCUAUUUCCAUAUUAAAAAUUAAUAUUCAAAUAAGAUCGCACCUUUGUACCUUUGUUGUCCAGUCUGUUAGAGCACAACAUGUGCGUACAAACACGCCUUAGCAAAACGUAGAAAAGUGGUACAGCGUCAGGGUCUGAGGCGCGUUGGAGGGAGCCGUAGCCGAAUCCCCUUCCAGUUGACGUAUUAUAUCAAGACACCACAUAUUAAAGAUUUAUUUAAUCAUAGAAAUGCCGGGGAUGAUGGAUAAAGGCUCUGAGUAUUUAGGAAAGGGACGGUCAAAUGGGACUAAAAGUCCGUCCAACGCCUCUAACGGACAUUUUUCUGACGAAAGCGGCAGCGACGACGAACAUGAUAUCGGAAUGCGGGUGGGAGCAGAUUAUCAAGCAAACAUUCCCGAAUUUGAGCCCGGUUUCAUUAAGUAUACAGAUAAAGAUAGUGGUGGAAUGUUGGUAUGGUCUCCAUAUCACUCCAUUGUGGACUCCAAAUUGGAUGAAUAUAUUGCUAUUGCCAAAGAGAAACAUGGCUACAAUGUGGAGCAGGCUCUUGGUAUGCUGUUCUGGCACAAACACAAUAUAGAGAAGUCCCUGGCUGACCUGCCCAAUUUCACCCCUUUCCCAGACGAGUGGACCAUAGAGGACAAGGUCCUGUUUGAACAGGCCUUUAGCUUCCAUGGCAAGAGCUUCCAUCGUAUCCAGCAGAUGUUACCAGACAAAUCCAUCUCCAGUCUUGUCAAGUACUACUAUUCUUGGAAGAAAACUCGCUCCAGAACAAGUCUUAUGGACCGACAGGCCCGUAAACUAGCUAACAGGAGCAGUCAGGAUGACAGUGAGGAGGAGAUGGAGGAGACCAAUCAUAUUGAAGCAAAUGAUAGUGACUAUGAUCCAAACAAAGAUGCCAAGAAAGAGAACCAGGCUGAAUUGGCUGUGCCAGGCUCUAAGGCGGCUUUAGGGCGACGCGAGCACCAGACCUUACAGCACCGACACCACCAGCGUUCCCGCUGCCGCCCCCCAAAAGGCAUGUACCUUACACAAGAAGACGUUUUGGCUGUGUCCUGUAGUGCCUCUGCUGCUAACUCACUUCUUCGUCAGCUGGACAUGGAGCUGGUGUCCCUAAAGAGACAGGUCCAAAAUACUAAACAGAUGAACAGUGGAUUGAAGCAGCUGUUGGAGUCUGGGAUUGAAGAGUAUAGACUGACUGAGGAGCCAACACUUGAAUGCCCAGACCUAAUACCUGCGACUGCGCCAUCUGUGCAGUCUAACCAGAAGGUAAACGCCCGCUGGACUACAGAUGAGCAGCUUUUAGCUGUUCAAGGAGUCAGGAAGUAUGGCAAAAAUUUCCAGGCCAUCGCUGAUGUCAUUGGUAACAAAACAGUGGGGCAGGUGAAAAACUUCUUUGUGAACUAUCGAAGGAGGUUCAACUUGGAGGAGGUACUGCAGGAGUGGGAGGCAGAGCAAGGUACUCAGGCUUCAAAUGGAGACAGUGCCACCUCAGGUGAAGAGGGAAAAAACAGUUCAACAACUCCUUCAGGGAAGAGCACUGAUGAGGACGAUGAGGAGGGUCAUGUCACCUCUUCAGGUGCAUCUCCAGCUGCCCCCUCUUCUUCAGUUCAAAAUCCUGUUACUUCCAAUACUUCGUCCUCUUCUCUCCACCAGCCCCCUCCACUCCUCAGGCCCUCUCUGCCAGCCACCCCUUCACUACACCGCCAGCCACCACCCCUCCAGCAACAGGCUCGCUUUCUGCAGCCUCGAGCUACACUACAUCAACCCCCACCUCUCAUCCGGCCCUCCAACCCCAUGCCACCACGCCUCAAUCCCCGCCCUACCCCUGCAAACCUUGGCAAUAACCCUGGAGGUCCAGCCCAGAGCUCUGCCCUACAGCCUUCUGGCAUGGCCAUCCAUCUGUCAGACACAGCUUCAUCAUCUUCCCUUCACUAACUAUCUUCAGAUCUUUUUAAGAACCAAUGGAUAAAGGUUUUUAUUUUCAACCUCUUUGCAAAACUGUUGAGUGUGUAGCGAAGUCUAACAUCACUCAAUGUUGAAAUAUCUAAUCAUAAAAAAAUAUCUAAUUUACACCUGGUGUUUUUCAACAUUAAAAUAUGAAGUCAAAUUGCA